GUUCGUUGGCAGCCGAAAAUUCUUCCGAAGUUAUAAUUUCUUAAAUCAAGUUCUUUGUAUACAACUAUUACAAUACAUAAGUAUAGAAUGGCUACGCGUAAAAGUUCGUCGUAUCCACGAGUGAAAAAACAUCGAUAUUUAAUGCGUCAGCAUGAUUUAGUGAGUGAUGCAGAAUCCGUUAAUAACGAUGCUAAUAUGCUCCAAAAUGCCGAUGACGCAUGUGGAUUUCUUGAAGUUAAUUUAGAAAAUGAUGGAGUUAAUGAUCAAAUUUGUCAACGAGAAGAAUCUGACAGUUGUGAAUCCAGUGAUGGUGAUAGUUUAAGUACAUUUAGACAUAGUGAUGAUGAACAACACCAAGAAAAUUGGGGAGCUACAGAGGAGACAGAUAGUGAUACAGGCGAUGAUGGAUGUCUAGUAAAUGCACCAUUGAAUUUAAAAGAAGAUCUGAAAAAUUGGGCCAUACGCAAUAUCAGUAACGCAGACAACAAGUCGGUUAGUGAACUUUUAAAAUUAUUGCGACUGCAUGGUCAUGCAGAUCUUCCUUCAACUGCAAAAAAACUAUUAGGUUAUGCUCAGCGUAUUGACAGUUGUCCUAUGGUGUCAAAAAAAAAUACUAAUGGUAAAUACAUCUAUUUAGGAGUACAGAAUGGACUAAUUAAAAGACUUAGAUUGGGAGUUUACGAUGAGCCCGAGGUACGUGUCAUAGUGCAUAUUGAUGGAAUGACGAUUUAUCAAAAUACCAAGCAACAAUUAUGGCCAAUCAUUGGGAAAAUUUUUCAUAAUGAUUAUAAGUCCGUGCCGUUCAUAGUCAGUUUAUAUUAUGGUGAUGCUAAGCCAAAAUUUGUAGAGAAUUUUUUAUAUGAUUUUGUACAAGAAUCGAAAAAACUAACAGAACAAGGAUUGGUAGUGAAUGGUAAACAAUAUUCUUUCAAGAUAGCUGCAAUUAUUGCGGAUGGUCCUGCAAGAGCAUACAUAAGAUGCACUAAAGGUCCUGGAGGAUUUUCAUCGUGUGAGCGCUGCAUAGUUCCAGGGGUUACAGUUAAUCAAAAGCGAGUUUAUCCAGAAACAAACCUUCCAAAACGGACGAAAGAGAGUUUUGUUACUCGUGCCGAUAAGGAGCAUCAACCAACUGAUUUUAAAAGCCCUCUAUUAGAAAUACCAGGCCUUGAUCCUAUAAAGGAUUUUCCACUGGAAAUUAUGCAUUUGCUAUUCCUCAACCUCAUGAAGAAUUUGCUCAGCUAUUGGGUCCGCAGUCUUCGAUCAAGUAAAUUGAACGCUUUCAAAACUCUCAUGAAAAAUAUCACACGAUGGGUACCAGCUGAAUUUCAGCGGAAACAAUUUGAUAUUAGUGAUGAUGGCCGCUGGAAGGCAACACAGUGUUCAUUUAUGCUUCUUUAUGUUGGUGCGAUUGUUCUAAAGUUCAUAUUACCCAGGGAUGAAUACCAUCAUUUUUUACACUUGCACAUUGCUUGCCGGAUCCUCUGCAGUACUGAGCUAGUGAUGGACUCAAUGCAUUGUGAUCGAGCCGAAAAGUAUUUAAAAACAUUUGUCAACUGUAUGCCAACUUAUUAUGGUGAAGAUUCACAGGUUGGGCAUGUUCAUGCUACUAUACACAUUCCCGAUGACGCUAGGUAUUUUAAAACAUCUCUGAGCAAUUUAUCUGCGUCUUUCGGGGAAAACUUUAUUGGGAAAUUAAAAUCACUUGUGACGGCAAGGAACGAGCCAUUGGCUCAAAUAGUGAAUCGGUCAAAUGCUCAAGAGGAUUCUGAGUCGAUCAUGAAGCUCAAAAAAAGAGAAGUACUGAGUGAAUGUGUUUUAAAGAAAAAACUUCAAUAUUAUGAGAGAAAUGGACAUCAACACUUGAAGCUUGACUCAGUUAAGUAUCAUGAUAUGAUAAUUGCUGAUGAAGCUCCAAAUAAUGUCGCACAGCUUCAUAAUGGAAGAAUCUUGUGGAUUACGAACAUUUUUAUGAGGGCAGAACACAAAAAGAAUGUUCAGUCCCCAGAGGACAUAUUCAUUGAGGGGUGUAUUGAUGAUGAUCGCGAUCAUGUAUUCACCACCCCUUGUCCUUCAGCAGAAGUAGGCGUUUUAAAAAUUAAAUUGUUGAACAACAAAAAAUUAUUCAAACUUGCUGAUAUUAAAAGCAAGUGUGUAUUUCUCGAAAUUGAAGAUGAAUUCUAUACAUUAUCUCUGCUUCACGCCGACUGUUAACCAUUCAAAAAACUUAACAAUAACUGUAUCUAAAUAAAACUCUAUCUAAUAUAACUAUUAUACUAUAAUUUUUAUAUUACUAUAAUUUUUUUUUCUAUCAUUAAAUUAAUAGCGAGGUGAAUCUUUCCUUUAUGUGGUGUCCUAAGAUUCAUACUGACUAAAGGAUGGAUAUUUUUUUUGUGAUAUCGAGGGUAGAUUAACUUGUUAAUUAUUAUUGAAAAAUUGUAGUUGAUGUGUGGAUGAAAAAAAAAACGAUGCUACCGUGCAUUGGACUUCUUUUUGAAGAAAGCCAGAAAGAGGAGGGAGAGGAAAAGUCGACGAUGGCGCCCUCAAUUAGUGUUAAGCUAUUAUACGUCCUAUCCAAUAAUACUUCGAACAACAAUUAGUGAUUGAUGUGAACAUUAGAAAUUUGAGCGUUUGCGUAAACUCGUGUUUUUUUCCUUUGUAUAAGGCUGGGUGAGUGGCAUCGAGUGCAUCAUUGUGUUGAAUAGAGGGACCCGGCGUUUUGCCGGUGGAGGUUAGUUAGCAGUGGGGAUACCGCAAUAAGCAUUUCCGGUGUAAUUUUAUGCAACCGUUUGUGUUAUAAGUUUGUUAAAAAUUAUAGAAAGAAAAAGUUUUGAAUAUCGUCAUCUUAAUGCAGCGUGGUGAAACGGUUCUUUCCACCAAUAUAACGGUACAAAUAUAAAGAGUGAAGCUUUCAUCUGGCAAAUUGAGUAAUAUAAGUACAAUGAGUGAUGAGUCGACGCCUAAAUUCGCGAUUGUGCAUUUCUUCAAAGAAAAAACGGAUGAAGACAAACAAGUUGUAGAACUAUUGCCAGGAUUGUGGCUACGAAAAGUAGAAGGAGAAUGGACAUGUUACUGGCCACCUGCAAAAGACAACAAGUAUAUUCUAAAAUGGGUGAGAGAUGAAAAAAUUCCCCAAGAUGACUGGAUCAUGUGUGACGAAUUGAAAAUUCUUGGCUGGGCUGAUGACUAUGAAUCUGGGUUGCGUCGAGUAAACAGAGCCCUUAUUCAAGCCGAAAAUAUUGUUACCGAGUCUGACAAGGAGAGUGUACGAAGCACAGUCUCUAGAAUAUCUAGGAAGAGAGCGAGAGAGCUUAUGAAGAUCAGCAGCAAAAGAGAAAAUUCUACAGACUCAAGUAGCGAUGACUCGGCCCCAUUCAUGAAGAAGCCAAAGACAAGAAAAUUAAUGAAACAAAAGACUAAACGUUCUCGAAUGCUUUUAAACCAUGACAGUGAGUCAGAAAUUGAGAUUUCCAAGGUGCAACGAGAUGGAAAACCUGAACACUCGGAUGAUUCAACCUCGACCCUUGAAAAUGAUUCGCUGCUAUUGAAAAAAAAUGACGUGAAGUCAAAGAUAAAUAAGACACGUAAACGAUCCUCGAGUCCAACCAAUCAUUGCGACAAGACCCCAAAAAGCAGUGCAUUCAAGGCCAGCUAUUUCUCUCACUUAAACAGAAGUCCACAAAAAAUCAGUCCUCAAAUUCGAGUAGGAUCUGGUCUCUCUCAUAAUCCAGCGGAGAUUUUGCGAGAAAUAAAAAAUAAGCGAGAAGAAUGUGCUCAGGAUAGUGGAGGAUGUUCAAAAGAGAAUACUACCAACAGGGAUAUAUCUUUCACCACCCCAAAGUCACGUUAUUCUGAUCUAUCUGGAUAUGGAUCUCUUGUGAAAAAUGCUUAUACUAAGGCUCGUUGGAGAGAGCAAGCUGCACAACUGGAGGAGCUUCGUAAUGCAAUUACUGAUCCUGAAUUAGGAGCGGUUACGGAUUUUUUAGCUGCGAAACUUGAUUUUCGCAUGGACAUUCUGGGAAACAAGAUUGACAAUGCCAAAAGGAGUAUGAACUAUGAUUUUAAAGCUGGAGUCGACAGAUUGGCCGUUGCCAAAGUGAGUCAAUCAACACAUGAAUUCACAUCCUGGAAUGACAUUUUUGGAGUCAAUUUACCAUUAAAAACUGUGGACGACUUUGAUAAAUUCGAAGAAUCAUUGAACCAAUCAAUUCAAACUGAUGCUGAGAAACAGAAAGAAGCUAAGGAAAAACAGAAUAUUUUGAGAAAAAAAUUCACAAGCCAAAUUGCACAGUACACUGAUUACAUGAAGUGUAUUAAAAAUAUUAUUGAUAGCGUUAUUCAGAGGGACGUACAAUUAUUGUACAGUGGUAUGGGAAGAGUUUGCAAAAAUGUUCAAGUCAAACGACCCUUCAAUAAGACCGUUUGUUUCCAAUGUAUGACUGACGUAAUGCUCAUAAAAUUCCCUGUACCACCAAUACCAAUCCUUACUGCUACCAGUAACUAUUUAAGUGGCGCAGCCAAUCGAAAAGGAAGCUCAGUUGUCAGUGGAGCCCUGAUGAGUUAAAAGUAUAUAUU